AUGGAGAAUAUGACGAAUACGAUUAAGCAAAGCUCUGAGACCAUCGAAGUCAAUGAAAUUAGAAACAGAAGUCCGCAAAUGUCCUCAGAAAAUUCAAAUGAAGAGCAUGAAGAGAAGCAUAUCGUUGAAACCUUGAUAGCCCCUGGCAUGAAUGCAGUAUAUAACUCCAAGGUGAAGCUUUUAAAUGAUGCGCUACAAGAUAUUGGUAUGGGUCGUUUCCAGUGGACGCUUUUUGUUGUUGCAGGAUUUGGUUGGUUCAUGGAUAACUUUUGGAUGUUGAGUGUUUCUUUGAUUUCAGUCCCAGUUAAAGCGGAAUUUAACGUUGAAAAAAUAGCUUACAUGACUUUAUACAAGUACUUAGGUUUGGUAAUAGGUGCUACUGGAUGGCCAUUAUUGUCUGAUUUGGUCGGUCGGUUAUUUGCUUUCAAUGUAACUAUUUUUAUGAGUUCAAUUUCGGCUUUGAUUGCAGCCGGUGUCCCAAAUUACGGAUCAUUGAACUUUUUCAUGUUUUGUAUCGGUUUCGCUACUGGGGGUAACCAACCAGUCGAUGGUAUGCUUUUUGUUGAAUUAAUCCCUGCGUCCCAUCAACAUUUGUUAUUAUAUGAGUCUUUAUUUUGGGGUUUUGGACAAUUUGUUGCUUCAAUAAUUGGUUGGCCUUUAAUUGUGAACUUUAGUUGCAGUGGCGAAGAGACUUGUACCUACCAAAACAACUUAGGUUGGAGAUACACCUACUGGACUUUAGGAGGUCUCACUUUAUUGAUGUCCUUCAUCCGUUUGUUUGCAAACAUGUAUGAAUCUCCGAAGUUUUAUAUCGGUAAAGGAAAGAACGACAAAGCGGUGGACGUGGUGAAAGCUAUUGCUAAGAGAAAUAACACCACGACAUGGUUAACAGUUGAGCAUUUUGAUAACAUCGAUUAUGAACUCAAUGACAAAAAGGAUAUUGAAGCAGACAACACAGUUGAACAAAACAAGGCGAUCAUUUCUCGUUCCUUAGAGAACUUUAAGAAUUGGAAUUUACUUUUCAAAACCAAGACCAUGACUAUAACAACUCUUUUGUUAUGGGUAAUUUGGGGAUGCGUUGGAAUGGGAUUUCCUUUAUUCAAUAGCUUUUUGCCAUUUUAUUUGGAAUGGAAGGGUGCACAAACAGGUUCUACUUCGUUGAAUAAAACAUACAGAGAUUAUGCCAUUCUGUCUGUUUGCGCCAUUCCAUCAGGAAUAUUUGCAGGUUAUUUGUCGAACGUAAAGUACGUAGGAAGAAAAGGAGUUGGAUUUAUUGGUGGCGUGUUGACUGGUGUCUUCAUGUAUUUAUUUACAACGACUAAGACCGGUGGUGCGUACUUAGGAUUUACUUGUGUGGUUUCGUUUGUUCAAAUGUUCAUUUACGGUGCAAUGUAUGCUUACACACCAGAGGUGUUUCCUGCUCCUGCAAGAGGGGCUGCUUGUGCUUCUUGUUCUUUCUGGAAUAGAAUUUGUGGCUUAAUGGGACCAGUCAUGUCAUUAUACUUGGAUAUUAAUAACGGUAAACCAGUUUUCGUUUCAGGUGCAUUAUUUAUUGUAGCAGGGGUCUUAUUCAUUUUGUUACCUUAUGAAACAAGAGGUAUGGCAGCUUCUUAA